AUGGUUGGUGUCGUCAGGUCUCUCGCAUGUCAGAACUGCAAGAACCGAAGAACCAAGGUAUUUGAACCCCUGAAAAUCACCCACCUCACGCAGGGAUUUAGGGCAUUGUUGCAUUGUAUUGACACAGGACAGUGCGACCAAACGUGGCCGACAUGCGGAAAAUGCUUGAAGAGAGGUCUCAAAUGCCCUGGCCCGUCGAAUCUGAUCAGGUUCAUCGAUGGGAGCACCCAUCCAGGCAAUGACAAGGGGGACAGGGCCGUGGCAAUCACCCCAAACACGCAAACGGAGCCAUCGUCCGCAUCAUCAAACGCCGCUGCACGUCUGGCACGCACAACGAUCCUCGAGUCUAGGCCCGUCAACAACCGUGGCAUCUAUCUUACCGCCUCAGACGCACCUUCCAGCUAUAGAAAAUUCAAGCUCCUCCAAGUCCCCGCGCAGGUGGCGUCCACUCUUGAAGACCGCGUCGGGUCACGGCUGGUCAACUCGCUGCAAGCCGACAGAUAUCUUGCCGGGAUCUUCACUCUGCUGCAGCACAUGCCUGCUCGUGUCCCCCAUAGCCCGUGCCUCAGAGAUGCCAUCAGUCUGUUCUGUUCUACCUAUGCAUGCCUUCAGAGGGGCGACCCGACAUCUAUGGACGUGACGAUUCUGAAAGAUUAUGGUAAGUCCUUGAGGACGCUACGGCGCACACUGGAAGAGAAGCAAGCUGGAGAUCUGGAGACAUUCGCAGCCGUCGCACUCAUCAGCCGGUCAGAGUCGGUUUUCAAUCCUGCGUGGAACCCGUUUAAACGCAGUCAUGCCGAAGCCAUUGUCGCCUUCGUUGCUAAAUGGGGUCUGCCCAAGGCCGAUUACGAUUUCCACUCAGAGAUAUUGUUCCAAGCACUCGAGGACAUGAUGUUCCAUUCUUUUAGCAACGGAGUGGCACCGAUAUGGGAUAAAUCUCCCCAUAGGGAGGCGAUCGCGGAAGUAUCGUUGCGUUUCUUCGCUCCCGCCCUACGACCAUACGGAGCACCAUUGAUCCAAAUAUUCAUGGAAUAUUUCACCAAAGCGCCCAGACUGCUAUCAAAGGUCCUGCGAAUCAACCAAGACUCGUCCUCGCCCGGAAUGCGGGAUCUGGCGAUCAAAAUCGUUAACGCCUUAGCCGGAGACACUGAGCGCGCGCGCAACGCUCUCAACCCGCUCCUCGAGAAGGCGUUUGAGAUGGGCGAGAUCAGUGAAGUGCAAGCCACAGAACCCGAUUUCUUCCUUCCUACACACUACAGCCUCAAACCUGGUCGCUUUGGAGAGUGCCUCAACCUUAUUUCGGUGCUGCUGGUGGGCAUGGCACGGAUACGCUAUGAUCUGAGCAUGCUAUACGGCCUGCCUUUCGCGGAUGAGAUAUACGCCACCUACCGCAAGGAGUGCGUUGUGAUGUGGAAAUUUAUUCCGUUCCGAAUUCAAAUCUUCAAGACGUUCGGGUUCAGGGCCGUUUCGAUGAUGACCCUCCCGUAUGAGUGUACCCAGGGCCGGGAGAGGGAGUACAUGACCGACUUGUUCCUGAGGGAAAACGAGCACCCAUCCAGACUACCCACAGAUAGGCGUGAGCUCGAAGCCGCCAUGCUCUUGCGAGCCAUGGCAAUGACCGGCCGGCUACCUUUUGUCCCCGAGGGUGCGACUUCGCAAAAAUGGAUGCCCAUGGACAAAUAG